GCUACGAUCAGCUGUUCAUUCCUGGGCCACUUAAACCGAAUUUUAUUAGUUUUUUUUUAUAUAAAUCCCCAAUUAAAGUGAUGUCAUGUCUUUUAUCUGCAUGCACUCAAUCUAAAAAUCGUUAUUUAAAACAUACUUACUGUAACAAUUUAUUUGUUUAAUGUGUCCAUUGGGAAUAAGCAGCGCUUAGAGCACAGCUGUGAUUGAGCUUAAAAUCAAUUUAUGUCAUAUGCAAGCUUGCUUUUUGAUUAGCCAUUUGAAUUGCAGUCACAGUUGUUGCUUAGCUUCAGACUUGAAAACACGAAGAUAGUCUUAGUCAAAAGAUUUAUUAGAUCAAAUGUGGAAGCUCCGAUUUGCAAUGGCCUGGAGAGCUGUAAUGUUAUUAUUAGUUUGUGCUGCUGCUACCAUCGCUGCAGAUUUUGGCUAUGGAGUCCACCGAGGACCCGGAACUUGGGCAAGAUAUUACGAACAAUGCAAUGGAAAGCACCAAAGUCCAAUUAAUAUUAAUAAAAUGGAAGUUAUAAAGAUGGAAUAUCCUGAAAUUAAUUACUACAACUUCGAUUUACGGCCCAAGUCAGUAACCUUGACCAACAAUGGACACACUGUGCUAGUCACAAUGAACUUCACAGAAGGCAAAGAACCGCGUCUAAGUGGCGGACCUCUGAUAAUAGAUGCUGUUUAUCAGUUCGAGCAGUUCCAUUUCCAUUGGGGAGAGAACGAUACACUCGGUAGUGAGGAUAUGAUCAACAAUCAACGAUAUCCCGCUGAGCUACAUGUGGUGAUGCGUAGUCUAAAAUACUCAGAUUUGACCAGCGCAUUAGAUCAAGAACAAGGCGUUGUGGUAUUAGCUUUCUUCUUUAAGGUGGUUGAAAAGCCAUUGAAUCCCUAUUAUGGCGAAUUUGUGGAGAUGUUAUCCCUUAUCAGAGGAAAAGACAGCUCGAAAAACUUGGUAGAACCUCUGCCGCUGUGGAAGUUUCUCUCAACGUACUCAACAAGAUAUUAUAGCUACAUUGGUUCGUUGACAACGCCACCUUGUUCAGAGGAAGUGCUCUGGAUUGAUUAUCAAGAUGCUAUAUACAUAUCGGAGUACCAGCUAAAUCUCUUUCGCAACCUCACCGCCAGCGAUGAGCACUUGAAGAACAAUUUCCGUCCAAUUCAAAAGCUCAAUGAUCGCUUAAUUUACGAAAAUGUGCCCAAGGACAAUCUACAAACGAACUGGAUGCCUCCACCUAGUGCAGCUCCCUUGACUAGCUCUUUAAAUGUGAUUAUCCUACUGGGCAUCAGCAUGCCCGCGCUGCUAAAAGGCCAUAUUUUGGUAGACUUUUAAUUGGUAUAGCGAUGCAGACCGCAUCAUACUUUGUUUGCGUUAAAGGCAUUGCUCGCAUGCUUCACAUUUUAAUUAAGCCUUGUCGCAGCCUGUGGACUUGUACGGCUAUUUUAUGGUGUCCUUUUCGUUGUGGAACUUAAAUCAAUACUAAAUACUAGAUGUGAACAUUAACGGUUUAAGGAAACUAAGUAAUAAUAAUAUUUUAAAUUAAACACUUCGCUGUUUGUAAAAGUAUUUGUUAAUUUAUGUUAUUGCAUCUAUCUUUAAAUAGUCUUUCGUGUGCUUUUCAAAUAAACAAAUAAUCAGCUACAGAACGAGUUUUAAGGAUUUUAUCUUACCUUCCAAUAUAUUAGAAUAAAUCAAAAUCUUUGGAAUCAAAAUAAGAAGUUUCCAUUUGAAUGAACGUUGCUUGGAUUUGUAACUAAUGUAACUAAUUUUAUUUUGCUUUACUUAGUUUUUACAGGUUUUUAAUAAUUUAUUUUUGUAUUAUCAUUAUCAUCGAAUUCUGUAUAUGCUUUGUUUUUGUGUGAAAUAUAUAUAUAUAUACUAUAUAUUUAUCAGAUGCAUAUAUAGCUGCAUGUGUUACUUUUGUUUUCUUUUUACCUUUUAUGUAUAUGUAUAUAUAAAUAUGUACGCCUGGAUUUUCACUUUACAAUCUUACAUCUUAACCGAUAACUGUGCCAAAUGAUGUGGCGCAAGUUGUUUAUUUGUUUGUGUGCUUGGUUUUCAGCUUUUUCAUUUUGUUUAAUUUUUUGUUUUGUUUGUAUUUUAAAUAUGCUCGCAAAAUUCUACAAUAAACGCAGUAUAAUUAUAUUUAUAUAUAUAAUGUUUAUAUGUAUCAAUAUAUACUAUAAUGCAAUGCGUAUAUUCAAAAUGUGAAAUUAAAAAAUUGUAUUUAAAAAUAUUUAAUUCAUUUUAUAGUAUAAUGCACGCUUUUAAAUAUAUUUUAUAUUUUCGCAGUGUAUGUGUGGGUUUCAUUUUUUCUGUGUUUUUGUUUUUCUUUUUAUUGGCCCUAUGGUUAAUAGAAUCCUUGUCAUUGACAUAUAGAUUUAUUAAUUUGUAUUAUAAUGCAUGCAUCUCAUCGAAUCAUUAUUAUAUAAUAUGUUGUGUAUAAAUUACUAAUAAUAUAAAUUAAGCACUCGAAAAACUGCAGCUGCUACAAAUGCGGGGGCUGCCUUCUCUCUUCAUAUAUGUAAAUAUAGUACAUGGAUUGAAUUUUUUUUUUUUUGGGGGGACGAUUUCUACAAAUUACUUGCUCGCUUUGUUUUUUUUUUUGUGUUUGCUUUGAAAACCGCAUUCAUAAUUCACAUAUUUAAAUUUAUCACUUAUUCUCUAAUAAUUUGUUAUUUUUUAGUUUUCUUUUUUAUACAAACAUGUUUUUGUUGCUUGGAUUCCUUCGAUAAUAGUUAUAAUACU